CCAUGAAUAUUAAUGAACCAGCCACUGACUAUAACCUCUCCAGCAUUCUGGACCUGGGCUGGACUGGGCCGUCCCCAGCCAACCGAUCCACACCAUUGUCAUCUGCCUCCCGAUCAUGCCCGCCUGUCGGUCUCCUGAGCCCAUGCAUUCAUUGUGUACCGUGGAGCGAUGCGUGAUACGUGUCCAGCGCUGUCUGCCCGCCCGCCGCCGCCGCCGCCGCUGUCUCACAGGCGCUUGAACUCUCUCUCCUGUUUGCGCAUUGGCCGGAAGGCGGGGUUUUACUCCGGUGGUGGUGGUGGUGUUGUCGUCGUCCGCUGCUGCGUCACUGAGCUUGUCUGGACAGACGCGGCCUGCAUCCAAGAUGGAUUAUAGGUCGGGCAGGCUCACCCACACAGACGCAUUCCCCUCGUCCUCGUCCACCUUGCCACGCCUGCAUGCCUCGCCGGUGGUCGAGACUGUCCGACCUCAGCAACAGGUGAAUCCCUAUCGCUAUGAACCGUCUCUGGAUUCUCGAACCCAUCCUACCACUACACUACGUCAGCCGAAUAGGAAUCCCAGGCCCUCGUCCUGGCGGAACCAUCAUCGACAAGCUUCUUCUCGAUCCUCAACGUUGGCAUCUCAGCCCGUGCUAGUUAGGGCAUACUCGGGAAGCCCUCAUGAUACCUCCAGCACCACCACGAUGCCUGUGCGGCGUUCAUUCCCGUUCCUCGGUGGCCCAGGGAGUCAACGACGGGGGCCCGCCCUCCCGUCGGAGGAGGACUUCAGUAUCGAAGGCAUCCUACGAGCCAUUGAACCUAAUAUCCGGCACACAUUAGACUCUAUCGGAGAAAUAUGCGGGCGCAGUAGGCUCAGCCUGGCCAACGAAUAUGGAAGCCACAUUGCCCCUCUGGGCGAGAUCCGCGCUCCUCCCGGAGGUCUGUUGACGGUCGAGGAGGCCAGCUCGGACCAUGAAAGACAGACCGACAACGUGGUUAUCUACGAUGAUGAGACCAGCGUUGCUGAUGGGCGCGACCAGUCAUCUUUUUCGCACUAUCGAGACUGGGACAACGGCAGACAUUUAGCGACAGGGUUCCAAUCCAGAAGCCCGUUUUCCGGGGAUGGCCCGUCGGCUCAGGUUCCACCCACUACUCCACGAUCCGUCAUGGCAUUGCAUUCUAUGACAGGUGGACCUCUUCACACGACGAGAGAGUCCACGUCCAAGCCAAGGUCGUGCCGGAUGCUACUGGGAAAGCAGGUCAACUCUGGCAGUAUCCUGACACCGGCCCUCGUGUCAGAGAUUCUGCUUGAUGCUCAGGCUGAGGGAAACCCUAUCAACAAUUAUUCAUUGGAGUCUCCGCAAGGCCGCCGCUCCAUCAAACCAGGAACCAAGGAUGCUAAGCGGUGGCUCCCGGGCUGGCUCCAGCAUGGUACCCUAGCCGAUGGCAGGCAGACAACGGCUGAGAUGCGACUACGAGCGAUGUUGGAACGAUACCAGAAUACUCAGAAUGCGUGAUGAACAAAUCUCAUUGAAACAACGAAGCCACGACAUAGCUAUGUUCUGACGGCCGUGAUGACAUGAUUGAUAUACGAUGAUAUUACGACAAAAACUAAAUAGCCUUGCCAAAUCUCAUGCAUAAUGACCCUCAUGACUGGUACUUUUCUUCAUUG